CUGAACUCGAAGAAAAGUAAAAGUUCUCGUUAAGGAUGUCCAGCUUGAUCUCGUCCGUUGCUUGGGUUCGUCGUGGAUUCCCGGCUGAGUUCCCUAAAAAAUACCAGCUCGAUGAGGCCGAGUACGAGAGAAUUGCGGCGUUGACAAAGAUCAAGGUCGACGAUGCGAAGGAGGCCCUCGAGGAGGCUCAGGAGCAGGCCAAGAAGGCUACCGAAGAUCUUGUUGUGGAGGAUGAAUUGGCGGAGUACAACUUGGAGGAUUACGAUCAGGAAGAGGAGCAGCCCGAGGAGGUGGGUGAGGCCGGUGCACCCAUGGCUUUGUUCGGUAAUGCCAAGGGUCUCGCAUUCCACCAGUCGAACGAGGAGGACCCUUAUAUCACUCUGCAAGACGUCGCAGCAGACGAGGACACCGAGGAGCGCGCAGAUCUCCAGAUCCUCCCUAGCGACAACUUGAUCCUCACAGCAAAGACCGAAGAUGACCUGUCCCACCUCGAAGUUUACGUCUACGAAGAUGAGGAGGCGAACCUUUAUGUACACCACGACAUCAUGCUUCCCGCAUUCCCUCUAUGCAUCGAGCCCCUCGAUUACCCAGUCGGCAGACCAGUCACCGAAGACAACAAGAUCGGUAACUUUGUCGCUAUUGGUACUUUCGAGCCUGAUAUCGAGAUCUGGGAUUUGGAUGUUGUCGACGGAAUGUAUCCUAAUGCCAUUCUUGGACAGGGUGGCCCGGCGGGUGCGGCGGCAACGGGUAGUGCAUCAGACGCUACAGGCAAGAAGAAGAAGAAGAAGUCCAAGAAGCAGGGACCCAACUCCGCAUACCACGUCGACGCGGUCCUCACCCUCUCCUCCGCACCACUGACGAGGAACUUGUUGGCGUCCGGAUCAGCAGAUACCACCAUCAAGCUCUGGGAUCUGAAUACUUGUUUGGCUGCGUCUUCAUACAACUACCAUACUGACAAGGUCGGCUCUAUCGCUUUCCACCGUACCGAGGCGGCUAUUUUGUUGACUGGUUCUUACGACCGCACCGUCGCCGUCGCCGAUCUUCGUGUCACUACCGGCGCUGCAGGCCGAUGGGGUGUCGAAUCCGAUGUCGAGAACGUCGCAUGGAACCCACACGACCCCAACGGUUUCUUCGUCGGUACAGACUCGGGUAUGGUCCACUACUUUGACGUCCGAAACAUCCCGAAGACUCCGGCACAGAGUAAGCCGCUGUGGUCAUUGCAGGCACACGAUUCUCAGCCUGUGUCUACGCUCGCGAUCAACAACCACAUCCCCGGGUUAUUCGCGACUGGAUCGACGGAUAAGAUGGUUAAGGUGUGGAAUGUGCCUGAGGUGGGCUCGGGUCCGCGUAUGGUCGUGAGUAGGGAUUUGGGUGUUGGAAAGGUGUUUAGUGCGUCGUGGGGCCCUGAUGCGGAGGUUGCCUUUAGACUUGGUGUUGCUGGGUCGAAGGGUGUUGUACAGGUUUGGGAUGCGUCUACGAAUGCGGGUGUGAGACGGGCGUUCGAGGGACGUGUUGCUGCGCCGGUUGUUGAGUAUGGAGAGGAUAGGACUGUGGGUGUUGUCGAUGACGAUGAGGAGGAGUCUGAUGAGGAGGGUGAGGAGGGUAUUGAGAUCCCGAUGGAGGAGGGAGAUGAGGAGGACCUCGAGGGUGAGGACGAGGAGGACGACGACGAGGAGCACCCUGAGGG